CCGCACCUGUAAGUAAUGUAGUUUCCUCCUCACAAAGAAAUCAGUUUGUUCCUGAGAGACUGAACACCUGCUGCACUAAAGGAACGUGUCUGUCUGCACAAUGGCAUCAUCAGACGCUCUGUCCAAGGCCAACACCAGCUUCUGUCUGGAUCUGUUCAAGAAGCUGAGUGACAAGGACAAGGCAGCAAAUGUCUUUUACUCUCCAUUUAGCAUCUCCUCAGCCCUGGCUAUGCUGAUGCUGGGGGCCAGAGGCAACACACACACACAGAUGUCAGAGGUCCUCAGCUUCUGUGAGGCAGUGAAGCCGCAGCCGGGAGGAGCCAAACAGAGACAGAUGCAGGAGCAGGUGCAGAUGCAGAUCCAGAAGAGUCUAAAGACCCAGAACUGUCUGGAUGACGUCCACGGUGACUUCAGUAAACUGCUGAAGACACUCAACCAGGCAGGCGCACCGUACUCCCUCAGUGUUGCCAACAGACUGUACGGGGAGCAGUCCUACCAGUUUGUAGAGGAUUUCAUAGGAGAAACCAGGAAGCACUACAAUGCAGAGUUGGAGUCUGUGGACUUCAAAACCGGUUCUGAAGCAGCAAGGCUCAAAAUCAACGGCUGGGUGGAGGAGCAGACACAAGAUAAAAUUAAGGAUUUGCUGCCUGGGGGCGCAGUGCACGAUAUGACCCGUAUGGUGCUGGUCAAUGCCAUCUACUUCAAAGGGGACUGGAACAAGCAGUUUGAAGAGAGUGCCACGAGAGAUGCUCAGUUCAGACUCAACAAGAAUGAGUCAAAGCAAGUGAAGAUGAUGUAUCAGAAUACUACUUUACCCUUGGGCCUCAUCGCUGAACCCAACUGCCAGGUCUUGGAGAUCCCUUACAAAGAGAAGGAGCUAAGCAUGCUCAUCUUUCUCCCCAUGGAUAUAGACGACAGUUCAACUGGUCUGGAGAAGCUGGAGAAGGAGCUGACCUACGAGAACUUUGUGGAGUGGACUCAUUCAGACAGGUUGUCUCACUCUAAAGUUGAGGUGGGCCUGCCUCGGUUCAAGAUGGAGGAGAGUUAUGACAUGAAUGAUGUCCUGAUCAGCAUGGGCAUGGUGGAUGCCUUUGAUUCGGGCAUGUGUGACUUCUCAGGCAUGUCCCCUUCCAAUGACCUGGUGCUGUCAAACGUUAUCCACAAGGCUUUUGUUGAGGUCAAUGAGGAGGGAACCGAGGCUGCUGCGGCCACUGCUAUAAUGGUGGGGAUCACUUCUGUAAUCCAUAGAGAAAGAUUCAUAGCAGACCAACCCUUCCUCUUCUUUAUCCGACAUAACCACACCAAGAGCGUUCUGUUUGCCGGCCGCUACUGCUCCCCUCAGUGAGCACUACAUUGUUAAGAACAGUUUUUCUCAACCAGAGGGGCGUUACAGUACAUUUACGAUUGCAAUAUUAUAUCAUUGAAUUCAGGGUUUUAAAAAACAUGUUGCAAGGACUUCAAUUAUACCUUGAGUUCCCAUUCUUUAUUUCCAGCACCAGUAUGGUGAGUAUAAACAACAAUUUAGUGUUUUUUUAACUGUGGUGAAAUCAUAUUAGCAGAUGUAUGUGUCCUUGGAUGACUAUGCAAAGUGCAGGUAUAUGUUAUUGCAGUACUACUCAUAUAACAAAUAUAGACAAAAGUUAACAUGAAGUUUUGAACUGGGAUCGGGUAAAUUUUGUAUUUUUGCAUUUUUACACAUGGAAUAAAAGUGUGAUUCUCAAA